UUUUUCCUUUUCUCUUUUUUUUUCUUCUUUGUUUAUAACUAAAGACUAUGGCUGCAGGUAAAAGAGAACUUCCUCCCAAAGAGGCGGCUGUAUUCAGAAACCUUUUGAAAAACUAUGAGCUUCGUCAAUACAAAAAAGGUUUAAAGUUGGCAGAAGGUAUUCUCAAAAGUUGUCCUGACCACGGUGAAACCUUGGCUAUGAAGGGUUUAUUUUUGAACAACCUCGAAAAGAAAGAAGAGGGUUAUGAAUAUGUCAAAAAGGGUCUUUUAAAAGACUUGACUUCUCAUAUUUGUUGGCACGUCUAUGGUCUUUUGUACCGUGCUGAUAAAAACUAUGAAGAAGCAGCCAAGUGUUACGCAAAUGCUCUCAAGUUCAAUAAGAACGACAUCAAUAUACUUCGUGACUAUGCUGUACUUCAAACUCAAAUGCGUCAUUACAACCCUCUUGUUGAAACACGUACUAAACUCUUAGAAGCCAGACCUCAGAACCCGCCCUUAUGGCUUGGUUUAGCUAUUGCUUAUCAACUUGUGAAUGAACCCUUGAAGGGUGUCAAGGUUUUGAAGACACAAGCUGAAUCUAAUGUUCAAGCUGCUGCUACUGAUUUUGAACGAUCAGAAUUACACAUGUAUGAAAAUAUGCUUUUGGAAGAAGCUGGGGACUAUCAACAAGCAUUGGAUCACCUUAUUGAGAUUGAGUCUCAAGUGACUGACAAGAGAGCCUGGAAAGAAAAGAAUGCUUUGUAUUUGAGCAAAUUGGAUAGAAAGGAAGAAGCAGAGAAAGCCUAUAGAGAAUUGAUUAGUCAAAACCCCAACAAUGUCGAUUACAUUAAUCAAGUUUUGGCUCUCAAGGAUAAAGCUGAGAUUAAUCAAACUCUUUCUGAUUUUUUCGCCCAAUAUCCUCGCUCAAAGACUAUUGAACAACUUAUCCUUCAAUAUGCUGAAGGUGAAUCAUUCAAGGUCAAGGUUGAAGCUUCUCUUCAAAAUGGAUUAAGAAAGGGCAUCCCUUCUUUAUUUACUUCCAUGAAGAGAUACUAUGCUGAUUCCGAAAAGAAGCGUGUCAUUGAAGAACUCCAAUAUGAUUUCUACAAACAAAAUGAUAAGGCUCUUGAAUUAAUCAACAAGGCUAUUACCCAUACUCCUACUGUAGUAGAACUUUACAUGACAAAGGGAAGAAUUUUGAAGCAUGCAGGCAAGAUUGAAGAAGCCUCUCAAGUCAUGAAUGAAGCUCGUGAAAUUGAUCUUCAGGAUCGUUUCAUUAAUUCUAAAUGUGCCAAGUAUAUGAUGCGUGCUGGUAAGAUUGAAGAAGCUGAACGUAUCUUGACUUUGUUUACCCGUAAGGAUAUCGAAGCUCUUCAAGACUUAACUGAUAUGCAAUGCCAAUGGUUUAUGAUUGAAGAAGGCAAUGCUUAUCUUCAAAAGAAGGAAUACGGCAAGGCUUUAAAACGUUUCCAUGCCCUUGAAAAGUUCUAUGCUGAUUACUUUGACGAUCAAUUCGAUUUCCAUAGCUACUGUCUUCGCAAAUUGACUUUGCGUGCUUAUGUUGAAGCUUUGCGUUGGGAAGAUAAACUCAAGGCCCAUCCAUUCUAUCUUAAGGCUGCUAAAGGUGCUAUUCAGGCCUACAUGGCUAUUGCUGACAAGCCCAAGGAAGGCGACGAAUUUGAUGAAACCAAUAUGACUGAAGCUGAAAAGAAGAAGGCUAGAAACAAGGCUCGCAAGGCUGCCUUGAAGGCUCAACAAGACCAAGAAGCCAAGAAGGCUACUCAAGUCAAGGAAGAAGUCACAAAGCAAAAGAACGAUAAGAAGCCUGUUGACACUGAUCCUGAAGGCGAAAGUUAUCUCAAGACUCAAACUCCUUUAGAUGAUGCUCUUCGAUUCUUGAAGCCCUUGGAACUUUUGGCUCCUAACAACGCUGAGCUUCAUCAUCUUGGUUUUGGUAUUUAUAUGCGUCAACAAAAAUACUUAUUGGCUGCCAAGUCACUUAACAAGGUUGCUAAAGCUGACAAAGAUUAUCCUUCUUUGAAGACCAACUUGGAUAAAUUGGAUGCCGCCAUCAGCACCAAAACAGAUUUAGACCCUAGAGUUAAGCAAGUGAUUGAUCUUCAGCUUGCUGAAGUCAAGAUGCUUCUUACUAAAGUUUAA